AUGGGGCAUGACGAGACUAAUAGCAAGUGCCAGGACCUCGACCUCGAGCUCUUUGCAGAAGAGCGCAGUUCUGAACACAAAAAAUCAAGAGGCAUCGAGCAGCUGCGGACUCGCUACUCAGGGGCCUUUGAUGUCCGUGGUUUCUGGCAAUUCGAGGAGACCACCGGUGCCCUUGCGGAGGAUCUUUCACCGUAUGCCAACGAUGGCAUCUACGGCAAUACGCCGCUGCUAACGGCCAACGGCCAUACGCAAAGCUCUUCGGGCGUCGGCUUUAAGGAUGGCGAGAACAGCUACCUGCUCUUCCCGCAUCAAGCCCACUACAACUUGGCGACCGGCACCUUUUCCCUCUGGGUGUACCCCCGCACCUACACUGAACGUUAUUCCCUCUUGUGCAAGAGCAGCGCCUCAGGCCGUGAAGUCGGUGACUUGUCCCUAGACCUCAACGCCGGACACCUGUAUUUGCGUCUAUUCGAUGCCGUUCGUGGCUACGUCCAGCUCUAUGAUCGGAUCAUCCUCAGCGCCGAAGACUGGCACCACAUUGUCGUGGCCUUUGGUGAAGAUGGUCUCUGGCUCAUUGUCGACGGCUCUCCCGUGGACUAUGAUCUGGCGGCCACGACUGGUCUCCAAAACAAUGACCACACAAUGUUUCUCGGUGCAUAUGCAGGUGUCAACCGCCUGACCGACUUUUUCUCGGGCCGUCUCGACGAUUUUGCUUUGGUGGCGGACCAUCUCGAGGCCUGGUCAGUCUUGAAUGUUUUGGACAACUACGAUGCUGAUGAGGCAACUGUGGCGUCGACCUCCAGCACAACCAGCACUAGCAGCAUGGGCAGCACCUCUACGACCACCGCCGGAAGGGUCACGACAACAACUACUGUGCGGCCCCGGGAAACCACAACCACUACCACCACCGCUCAGGCUGCCCCGACUUCAACCACGACACAGGCCCUGCCCUCAACCAGCACCUGCGAGGUUCGGGAGUGCCGCUGCAAACCCGGAGCGCAGGCCUACUCAUUUGUAGAUCGUGAUGGCUGCAGCCGCUGUGGCUGCCGAGCUGUAAGCUGGAGCACCAAUGCCCCUGCUCCUCCUGCUGCCACCACCACGACGAGUCCGGCCGCUCCUAGCCAAACCACGAGCACCGCCAGCAGCCCAGUCACCCGGCCCAGCUGUGAGACUCGCACCUGCUUGUGCAAGCCCGAUGCCGAACCUUACUCCUACAUUGAAAACGGUUGCUUGAUGUGUGGCUGCCGACCCACGGAUGCUGCGGCGUCCACGGCCAGCUCAACGAGCGUUGCUCCAACAACGACGACCAGUCGCAGUAGCAUCGUCUGCCCCACUUAUUCUUGCCUCUGCAAGCCUGGUGCAGAAGUUUACACUUAUGUGCAUGAUGGCUGCACCACGUGUGGUUGCCGUCGGGCAGAUGCCGGACCAGUCACCACCACCACCACUACUACUACUUCCGCUGCCGCCACCACCUCGUCCACCACCUCGGUGGUCCCACCUCGCGACACGACAACCACGCGGUCUCCCGCCACAACGACGCGCGAAUGCACUGUGCGAGACAAUUGCAACUGCAAGUCGGAUGCCGUCAAUAUCAUGAUUGUCAACGCCGAUGGGUGCCAAUCCUGCACGUGUGCGCCCGCAACGUUUUUGUCUGGCUUGGUCGUAUCCAGCACGAAUGAGCCGCAGCCCAAUGCGGUCCUUUUUUUCCAGUCGACGGACGGUGACUUUAAUGCCAUCGUAGCCACAGACGCCCUUGGGCAGUUUGACGUCAAACUGUUGGGCGAGCGCUCGUACACGGUUACCAUCUCUGUCAUGGGCAUGAUCUACGAACAGCGAGUCUUGGGAGCCGACCAGCACCUCCACAUCGACUUCAACCUCCACCUCUACCUCCACUUCUACCUCCACUUCCACUUCCACCUCCACUUCCACUUCCACCUCAACGUCGACUUCUACCUCAACCUCUACCUCAACCUCUACCUCAACGUCGACUUCUACCUCAACUUCUACCUCCACUUCUACCUCGACUUCCACUUCCACUUCCACCUCCACCUCCACUUCUACCUCCACUUCUACCUCCACUUCCACUUCCACCUCCACUUCUACCUCCACUUCUACCUCCACUUCCACUUCCACCUCCACCUCCACCUCUACUUCCACCUCUACCUCUACCUCUACCUCCACUUCCACUUCCACCUCUACUUCUACCUCUACCUCUACCUCUACCUCUACUUCCACUUCCACCUCCACCUCCACCUCGACUUCUACUGA